CCCGACUGGCAAUAUCUGCAUUUCGGGAUUUUUUUUUUCAUCUGUUAAAUCUACAUAAAUUAAAAUUUCUUCCAACUGUAUUCAGGUUCUUGUUGUAAACGCAUCCACAACAUGCACCUAUUACGACCCAAUGUCUAUCAUUCUGAUACAUUUGUGAUAUCAUAUUGGGUGUAAACGUAAGUUCUAUUUAUUUUUCAGUUCACUCUAGUUUCAUGAGCUGAAAGAUGAAAUAUCUUGAUACCUUCGCAUAUGCGACAGCAUAUGUACUCCCGUUUUAGAAUACGAUGUAAAUGUGACGACGAGGAAUUCUCCAGCAUGCAAUUUGGACGGAUAACUUAUAUUUAGUGCCAUUUUAAGCUGUACAGGAAGCAGUUAAAACAAUUAGAUUGAGCGUCACACUACAGCAGUAUAUAAGGCGUCGAAAAUAAAAGUUACCAUCCACAAUACUUCCAACGAUAAACUACAAAAUGAAAAUCACUGCUAUCGCCACCAUCGCCGCUGUCGCUGUUGCAGUUAGCGCUCAUUCUUACCCACAGGAAAUCAUUUGUGCCACCAAGGGAUUCGCUGGACAUUCAUACGACGAGUCUAAGGUGUGCUGCGAAUAUUCUGGUAACUGUGGAGCUCUGCCUAAAUGCACAGCGAACUUCUGUAGCAGCAGCAAUGAGUACAAGAUCACGUGCGCCGAGAAGCGAAAACGCAAUCGUGAUUCGCUGAAGGGACUCAUCCACAAGAACAAGAAGUGUUGCCAAUGGUCUGGCAAGUGUGGUGACUUGAAGAAGUGCACGCAGUCAUACUGUGAGAAGGAUGCCCGAUCGUCUGACAUUUACAAGCGAUCAGACUUCCAGUUCUAACGACGCACAGCUUAAAUUCUGCUGUGUAGUCAAGUUAUAUUACUCACCAGAAUAAUAAAAUGUGGAAAGCUAUAGAAACAGAAAUGAUCUAAUUGUUCGACAUACUCUCCCAUAAAUUUGUCUAAUCUAGUGCUCAUAUGAUGUUCGUCC